AGGUCUCGGCAUGGGAAUGUUUCUCAUGUCCGUCUCCAUUUACAAUCUCAUGCUUUUUGAGAAGUACAAAGGCACAGCCAUGUCAAUGACGUUCCUUGCCUGGGGCGUCGCUGGACUUUAUGGCCCCGUUUUACUGGCCAGGCUUCGAGACACUUACGCCCUCCAAGGAGCCUUACUAAUAUGCGGUGGCAUAAUUUUAAAUUCUGUACCACUGGGCAUGCUUCUACGAAGGCCUUCAAGCAUCAAUUUUAACAGCCUCAAAUAUGCCAUCAGCAACUUCUUGCUUCGGAGGAACGCCAGUUCUUCGAAAUCGGUCAAGGCAGCACCGCUUCCCCUCGAUGAGCCCUCAGACUUCGCAGUGAGCAGCAUUCAAGGAAAUAUGCACAGCGAAGCCGAUAUCGUGAAUCCGAAUCUACAUAGGGCAGCCAAUUCAAACCUAGAAGACGUCGAAGAAGCUGGCACCGACUUACAUGAUCGUGGAACCGUGGCAGAAGAUUGUUCAUCUUUUGUUUCGACUAAAACGAAACGUCACCUCACGCGCAGCCUCUUCAAUUCUCUAGUAGCAUUGCUGAGAACGCCGGCAUUCUACGUGUUUCUGGCUGCAACUGUAGUCAGCGAAUAUUCCCUUGUGUCUUUCGGCACAACCAUUGUGGACUAUGCAACCGACAAGGGCAUCGAACUGUCCGUUGCAGUGCAGCUCGUGAUCUUCGGCGCAGUCGGCCACAUACUAGCGCGCCUAUGUGUCGUGCCCCUGUCUGAUUGCGCGACAGCCUGUCGGUUACCGAUGUACGCUUGCGCCUUUGCAGUCGAAGCUGCCUCCACCAUGACAAUGCCGCACGCGAAGUCAAUGGUCAUCAUUACAGUCCUGCGCAUCGCCGAAUCCCUGGCGCAAGGGUUCGUCAUCUCUGUCCGGGGUAUCCUGCUGGCUCAAUACUUGGGCAUCGAAAGGGUGGCGACCUGCUCGGGCCUUUUUGGACUGACGAUGAUCCCGGUGUCUCUCAGCAGCCCUACAAUACUCGGGUACUUCCGUGACACCAUGGGCUCAUACGACCCCUUCUAUCGGAUGAUGGCCGCUCUCAAUGCAAUCGUGGCUGGCGUGCUGUUCUUGUUCUUCGUUUACGACUGGAGACGCACGAAGCCACAAGAAGUGGAACGAUGUGGUCCCACCUAUCGACAGCCUGAUGACGAGCAGCCGCGAGCUGAACCUUCUUAGCCUACAGAAAACCUACAUGUACAAGAUUUCGUCAUUCUGGAUUUUCCCACGAUAGUUGCCAUUAGGUAGCAGCGCAAAGCGAUCUGCAGAAAAGUCAAAAUGAGAACUACGGCGUGAAUUCCGGGCGCAGCUCAUGUGUUAUUUCAGUUUGCCUCUGAACACGAGACAAAUUUGUUAAAUGUAUAUACUCAAUUUCUUUCCUAAAAGUUUGGUAUCCUGGCGUAUGAGUGUCACAAAUAUUGCGCACUUCUUUUAUAUGGCUUUUUGCGUGAACACCCGUCACGAAAUCAAACUUUUAUGAAAAAAAUUGACAGAGGUGCCCAAGAGGUGUAGAAAAUAGUGGACAACUCAAGUAAGUGUAUUGUAUUGCAGCCUUUAUUAUGAAAGCUUGAUUGUUUCUGUUGGUCUAAACGUUUGUUGCCGCCGCAGCUGCGCCGCUCUUCACCACGAUGUGUUCCUGAAACCUGCGCUAUAGUUUGCCUCAAGUGUUACAUAGAACUAUAUACGAUAUAAUAUUUAUGCUGAGACAUAGUACCCGUAACGAAGUUCAGGUGAAAUUAUCAAUUUCAAGAUAAGCUACCCAAUCUGUUAGCUGCCCACUGCUAGAUACAAUAUUUAA